UUGAUGGCAGCGCUACGGCAAAACUCGGAACUAGUUUAUCGCCAUAUUUUGUGAUGGCCACUGAUAUUUAUAGAUCGUAAGGGUGUUGUUUUUUAUCAAUAUUAAAUGCUCUAAAAUGGAGGAAACUAAAGUUAUUUACUACAUAGACGACGAGGAGACGCCGUAUUUAGUAAAAAUCCCCAUAUCCCCGGAGAAAGUGACGUUAGUAGACUUUAAGAACCAGUUGAAUAGGCCGAACUACAAAUUUUUCUUCAAAUCUAUGGACGAUGAUUUCGGUGUUGUUAAAGAAGAAAUUGUUGAUGACAACGCUCAUCUGCCGUGUUUUAACGGUCGUGUUGUGUCGUGGCUGGUGUCUGCAGAGGGCUCCAACCCGUCCGACGGCGCAUCCCAGUGCACCGACAGCAAUGCAGGGAAAGCGAAGACGGCCGCCCACGGGGCUCCGUCGGCACCUCUCACCCGGGACACCUGCACGGAUACGGACAGUACGAUAAGCUCCCGCCCCGGCCACAGAGCGUCCUGCGACAAAUACAAAUAUAGAGGCUUGAGAAUAAACGGUCAUUCCAAGUAUGGCAACCAUGGUUUGGAAUACGAGACUGCUUCUGUCCUUAGCUCGGACUUGGACUCUACGAGUCUCUUCGACAGCCAAUCAGAGAUCACCACAACGACAGGGAGACACACAAACGCCUCAGUAGACAGAGCACUAACUGAAUGCAGCAGUGUAUCUCAUUUACAAGUCAGUAACCGGAAAAGACCUCAGCGGAGACGGAAACGACCGCAAGUGAUGUCUAGAACCUCUUCCUACUCCUCUAUUACGGACUCUACGAUGUCCAUGCACAUUAUAACGGUGACAUUAAACAUGGAUACAGUGAAUUUUCUUGGCAUCUCAAUAGUGGGACAGUCAAAUAAGGGGGGUGACGGAGGGAUCUAUGUUGGGAGUAUUAUGAAAGGAGGUGCGGUGGCCCUGGAUGGAAGAAUAGAGCCUGGAGACAUGAUACUGCAGGUGAACGAUGUGAACUUUGAAGACAUGACGAACGACGAGGCAGUGCGUGUCCUGAGGGAGGUGGUGCAGAAGCCGGGGCCCAUCAAGCUGGUGGUGGCCAAGUGCUGGGACCCCAACCCCAAGGGGUACUUCACCAUACCAAGAACGGAGCCCGUCAGGCCUAUUGACCCUGGUGCCUGGGUCGCGCACACACAAGCGCUGCGCGAAGCGUACCCGCCGCCGCCGCCGUCGCUGUCGGCCCUCCCCGUGUCGUCGGUGUCGGAGCGCGGCGCGUCGGACGCCAGCACGCUGCCGGCGGGCGGCCUGGAGCCCCAGCUGUCCGUCAGCUGCGACAUGGCGUUGGUGGUGCGGGCCAUGCUGCGGCCGGACUCCGGUACUAUAGGUAGGACCUUGGGCCUUAAGUUAAUAUGUGCUUUACGUAUUCCAGGAUUGGAAAUCCGCGACCGAAUGUGGCUUAAGAUCACCAUCCCGAAUGCGUUCAUCGGAGCUGAUGUGGUCGACUGGAUCCUACAGCAUGUGGCCGGUAUAGCAGACCGGCGUGACGCAAGGAAAUACGCCUCACAUAUGCUAAAGGCGGGGUUCAUUCGGCACACAGUGAACAAGAUAACAUUCUCGGAGCAAUGCUACUACGUCGGAGGCGAGCUGUGCUGUGACAUGGCGGCUUUGAGACUGCGUGCCCCAGACGCUGACAGCUUAGCCAGCGACACUCUAGCCCCUCUACCCAACCCGCAUAUGAUGGGGCCCGGGUACAUGCCGUAUGCUGGUUCGUACGGAUACCAACCAAUCCCUUUCAAAUACACGUCCUGUGUCACCAGCGAACACACCAUAUACGGGUACAACCGCGAGGAGAGCGUGCUGUCGGGCAGCGGGGGCUCCAGCGCCGGCUCCGACCACCUCACCGCCAAGGAACACGCCGGGACACGAGAAAACGAGGCCAAGUCAGCAUCCUCCGGGUCCGGGGCUUCGGUGGCGGCCGACGGCGGCGGGGGAGCGGGACAGGGAGGUCGCCGCUCCCACUCGCACUCCAGCGGCUCCGAGAGGGCGCAGGACCGACCCGUGCUCUUCCUAUAACGGACCGAGCUCUGAACGCUGCCAAAUAUAGUUAGGACGUUGCGCCCGCAUAGCGCAAUACGUAAGUGUCACUAUCAUGGCAAUAAUAUUUAACUAUUGUAAUAGUAAAACCCGUAGGCCGGUGUCAUAGAGAAAUAAGCAUAGAGUGC